UCAUGCUGCUGCCAGGUCCAGAGUGUGUCAUGGGUCCCUGUAACCGCCUCCUCAUGCUGCUGUCUCCAUCGCCACACUCUGCCAUGUACCACUUUCAGGUCUCCUCACACUGCUGGUGGGUUCCAUUUUGUCAUAGGGUGCUGGCACGAUUACGGGCCUCCCAUUGCUGCUGCCAGGCCCGUAAUCUGUCAUGGGCCCCUGUACCGCCUCCUCAUGCUGCUGCCAGGUCCAGAGUGUCUCAUGGGUCCCUGUACGGCCUCCCAUUGCUGCUGUCUCCAUCGCCACACUCUGCCAUGUGCCACUUUCAGGUCUCCUCACACUGCUGGUGGGUUCCAUUUUGU